UGGAUUCUCUUGAGAAAAGCUUUCCUAUUUGAUCCUUUGCAAUCCCUGACCCUCACCCCUACAACCUACCCUACUAUUACCCAAAACCUUGAUUUCCCAUGUUGCUCUGGCUAUGCCGUCAUUGACGGCUAUGUUGUGAAGAUCGAUUCCUCUAAAGAUGAGAAUCAUAGAGUGUAUGCUGCCAACCCGUUUCAAAUUCGAAUUGCAAAACCAGUUCGUAUGUUUCUCGAAACCCAAAGCCUGAAAAACAUCUACGAGUAUCACAAAGAGCCCAGCGACUUGUUCAGUUGUACAUCGAGAACCCUGUUUGAUGUGCUCCCUACCAUCGCGGUCUCGUUUUACUGGAAUGGAAGUGUUUUCAAGUUUCACCCAAAGGUUGCUGUACCAAGAGAUCCAAUCACCAACGCAAAGCUUCCUCUUUACUAUUUGGACGUGAUCACUCUUAACUACGGUAAUGCAGGCCGAAAGUUUCUAGUCUAUGUGCCUGCCCAUUUAGAGAAAAAGCGUCCCCAACUUCAUUUCAAGACCAUACCUCUGCGGGACCUUCACCGUAUCCAAACCAGGAACUGGCUUCGGAGAAGCUCAAUACCAUCUUGAAGACCGUUUUCAUGGCUGAUAGCUUUACAUUUGACAAACGUUCCGACUCUAAAGUACUUGAAACUCUCCACAUAGGGAAGAGUGUCGCCAGAUAUUCAAAAAUGCUUACCAAUUGACUACGACGGAGAACCAUUCACGAUACUUGCGUCCUGCCAGCUACUAUGGCCGCAAAGCAGUUUCUCUGGUGAAGAGAUACAAAGCCGCCACGGUAGAUGGCUAUGCUUCCAGGUUUGCGAACUCUUACUUUCUGCUUCUUCAUGCUCACGAAUUGUCUUUCUUUCUAUACCCGAACAAAAAGUACCUAUUAGAGAGACUCCAGCCGUUGCACUUGGAUGUGCCGUUUAGCUUGGAAAAACUAAAAGUUCUUUCCGCAUUUUGUCGUGAUAUGCUCAACGACCGUGAUGGUUUGGCUGCACUGCUUGAAACUUUGGUCAAGCUCACAGCAUUCAAUUUCUCCGAGUCGGUCUAUAACGAGGAAAGGCUAUUCAAGCCGGAGCUGAGUGGCGCUCACCUGCUUCGCUCUUCAAUCGAUGCUUUUAAGUUUUUUCUCAUCAACACGGCCCUGUGCUAUGACGACGGUGGUGAAACUCUUCCCUUUGAUAGGAAACUUGAGCAAAGAUCUGCCUUGCACUCCUCCAACAUAUGGCUUUAUGUGAACGAUGUCUAUAAUAAAGUCGUCCAAGAGGGAUUGAUAGUAUCGAAAUAUCGAGUCACCUUGAAAAGACCCCAUGGAGUUGCCAUUGGCGCUAAGUUUUUGGACCGCCAGAAGAUCCAGAAUUUCUAUGCAACCAUGAGAAUGCGAUUUGAUGAUUUCUUGGGCGAGCUACGUGAAUACUUUUGGCUACCCUCUGUUGAAGAUCUAGCCGUUGAUUUGUUACACUGCAGUGGCAUCUCUCUGAUGGAGAGUCGUUUUGAACCUAAAGGGUCUUUGCUUGACCUUUUCCCUGCCGAGUACCUCCAGAGUUUGCUACCUGUACUCAACCGAUAUGACGCUCUGUCUGAGGAGGUAUUGGACGAAGUCUUGAGUAUUAUUGACAAGAUGAUUGAGCCGUUGAUUUGGAUGGUCUAUUUUGGGUGUGGCUAUGCAUAUCGAUUCACCGAACUUGUGGCAAUUACAUAUGCCGGACGCAACCGCAAUAUUUUCAUCGACGAGGAAACCAAAUGUCUCAUAUUGUUUACCACCUACAACAAAAACGAGUCCUUCCAACCCCUUACCAAGCGUCUGGAUGCAACCACAUCAAAAUACUUGUUGUACUACAUUGUGAUUCUCCGCCAGAUACAAUUGAACAUACUGGGUCCCGAGUACAGUAUGGAUAGCAAGAGCGACUGGCCGGAUUUCCAAGGCACGGCAACCGAGCUAUCGGAUUACGUGCUUCAACGAUACGUGUUUAUCAUCACAGGUCAGGGGAGGUUUUACCGACAGGAGAAGUACAGCAGCGCUCUGGUCAAGGGAAUGGGGCUCAACACUCAGGAAUUAAGGCAAGGCAUGGUUGCAAUAAUGCGAAACUAUGUCAAAUGUGACAGUACCGCUUCAGAGGUGUUCCAUUCUAUGACCCAGGAGCUGAUGUUUGGACAUUCGAUUCGCACUGGACUUGAGAAUUACGGGCUGGAUAAUUUUUCGUUUGGAUCAAUCACCGCUAGCACGGCAACGCAUUUUCAAAGUGUCGCUUCCACUUCAUGGCACCAGUGGAUAGGGUUUGAGCCCGAGUUUCGGUCCCCGCCAAUGAUCAACGAGUUUCCCACAGAAGGUACCAUGAAGGAGCUUGAAGGUUAUGUGGAAACACUGAAAGCAACGUUGGAGAAUAUCCGCAACUGUCCUGCAACCAAAGAGCUUCAUAAACUUCAAGCCGCGGCGCCAGAUGUUGGACUUUCAAGAUACAUGGCUAAGAGAAAGGGCGCCAGAGUAGGGACUGCCGCGACCGUUUCUAUUCAUGACCUAAGUUAUUUAGGCGGCUGGACAGCGGGAGAAGGUUGGGGAGUGCGCGUUAGCAAGUACUGA